AUGUCCCAGAAGCCUCCAUCCGACCCCUGGAGCACUCAGCCAGCAGCUCCCAACACCACCCGAGCUGAGACCCAGAGCUCUGUGCCAAUGACCCUCGAUGCCCAAGUCGGUACCCAAGAGUCUCCGCUGGCCAUCAGCACUCUCAGGGGCAGCAGCCAAGAGCCUUCUCACAACAUCGGCAUUCUCAAGGUCUCGGGCCUAGAGCCGCCGACGUCCACCAACCCUCGCCGCGUCAGUAUCCAAGAGCCGCCAGUGUCCACCAGCGCUCGCCGCGUCAGUAUCCAAGAGCCGCCAGUGUCCACCAGCGCUCGCCGCGUCAGCAUCCAAGAGCCGCCAGCAUCCACCAGCGCUCAAAGCGUCAGCGUCCAAGAACCGCCAGCGUCCACCAGCGCUCAAAGCGUCAGCGUCCAAGAGCCGCCGUCGUCCAGCAGCGCUCGCAAGGUCAGCAUCCAAGAGUCUCCUCAGACCAUUGGCAUUCUCAAGGUCGGCAGCCAAGAGCCUUCGUCAGUCACCAGCACUCGCAGGGUCAGCAUUCAAGAUCCCCUGUCAAUUUUGCACAAUCGCCGGGUCAGUAUCCAAGUGCCUUCGCCAGAUUCCGGCAGCCGUCAGUCUAGUAUCCAAGACACACCAUCCAUUACCUACAAUCGCUGGGUUGGUGCCCGAGAUAGUCAACCAAGUUACCAAAAUCAUCACUGGAGCACCGAAGUGACUGAAAUCGAAUCAGUUACUUCCAGUAGCCAAACCAGUACCGAAAAUCUCCAGACAAUCGAGACUCCCUACCAAACGUUCAGACAAAACCGGGUCAGUGUUGAUGUCCCCCCAUCCAUUACCCACAGCCCUGAGGCUAGUAUCAAAAGUAUUGAAUCAAUUGUCUGGGAUUCCCAGGAGAGUUACAAAGAAUUGGUGCAUAGCUUCCAGGUCAGCCAAACCACCAUAGACAACAUCCACAACUGCUUGUCCAGACACUCCACGGGGAUGAGUUCUGCCAGGUUUCAGGACAAGUGGAGCCACCAAUCACUGCUGCCCAUAGGCUGGCGACUGCUGCAUGAGGCCAGGAAGAUCAGCCGCCAGCUAAGCCUGGUGCUAACCCUGGCCGGCAUGAUGAUCAUCAGUCUCAUCUCUCUGGGCCAGCCCUGGAUGCACUUCCAGGUGCCACUGAUGCCACCAGGGGACCCUGAUGGCUCCCUGACCAUCCCCAUCGACACCAUCUUCUUUGUGCAGUGCCCCGAUGUUGUCUGCAUGUAUGAGUACGACCAGAAUGCUUACUUGCUGGACCUUUCCUGGGCCUUCCUCGUUAUCGCCAGCAUCACCAGCUUCUGCCUCUGUGUGGCCCUAAUAAGCACCCUCUUCUUUACCAGCUCCAACCUGCCCAUGCUGGACUUCUUCCUCUUCAUCAGCAGCAUCAUGACAGGGACCAGUAUCAUAUUGGGCAUCCUGUUCUACCUGAUGCAGGCCCACAAGUUCCUGCAGGAAGGCAUGACCUACAGCCUGGGCAUCAGCUUCUACCUGGCAUGGACUGGCGUCUUCUUCUUCCUGAUGACUGGUUUAUUCUCCUAUCUGAAUUAUGUGAAUUUCUGGUCCAUCCUGGCGGUCCAGGCCAUCUGGGUUUAG